UCAUUUGAAUGUAACAGGUAUGACCACCUCAGCCGGGUGCUGAUGAAGGUGAUGGAUGAGCACCCUGAUAAUGCGGUGGACGUGAUUGAGGACGUGAGCCGGGAGGUGAAGCGGGGUUUAUUUGAAGACAAGCAGAGCACCCUGCGAGACCUCCCUCAGACCACAGCUGCUGAGCUGCUGGCUGAGCAGCAGCGCCUGCUCUUCUCUCGGCCAGAGGAGGCUGACCAGGAGGAGGAACUGAUGGACACACCUUUUCCUAAUGUGAGUGAGGUUGCCUUCUACCUGGAGCAGGCUGGGGUGGGUCUGGGCAGAGAGGAGAUGCAGAGGGUCUUCCUUGCACUCAAGCAGCUUGUUGAGAGCCAGGGGCUGCCGCGCUGCCGACUGUGGGGCAAGAUCCUGGGGACAGAGAGCAGCUACAUCGUGGCUGAAGCUGAGUACAGGGAGGGGGAGGAAGAGGAAGAGAGCACGGAGGAAGCAGCAGAGGAUGAGGAGAGAGACGUAGAGAAGGAGAUGAAUCCCCUUCCUCAAUCCGCCUAUAGACCCCCCCCAACAGUGCCAAAGGAGGCCCUAGGAACAGGUGCCAACAAGUUUGCUUUUUAUGUGUGCAAAGAGCCCGGUGUUCCCUGGGUGAAGCUCCCUUCAGUCAGUCCAGCACAGAUCACCGGUGCUCGUCAGAUCCGUAAGUUCUUCACAGGGACGCUGGACACCCCCAUAGUCAGCUACCCACCUUUCCCCGGGAACGAAGCCAACUACCUGAGAGCGCAGAUCGCUCGGAUCUCUGCCGGCACUCAGGUCAGCCCCCAGGGCUUCUACCAGGCCGGGGAGGAGGAAGGUGAUGAGGAAGACGAGGCCCCUCGGGACAGCUUCGAAGUGAAUCCAGACUUUGAGGGUGUUCCGGUUGCUGAGAUGGCCGAGUCUCUGUCCACCUGGGUGCAUCAUGUUCAGCACAUCCUGCAGCAGGGUCGCUGUACGUGGGUGAACCUUGCUGUGAAACCAGGAGAUGACUCCAAUGAGGAAGGAGAGGGUGAGGAGAAGGAAGAGGAGCCUGAUGAGCCUGAGCCAGAAGUUGGACCCCCUCUGCUCACACCCCUCUCCCAAGAUGCAGAAAUGCUCAACAUCCCUCCCUGGACCUCCAAGAUGUCCUCCGUCCUCACCUCUCAGCACGCUCUAGCUGUGCUGCGCUCUAACCUCUGGCCAGGGGCAUAUUCAUACGCUUCCGGAAAGAAGUUUGAGAACAUUUACGUUGGAUGGGGUCUGAAGUACUCAGGGGAAGGGUUCAGCCAAGCCGUCCCCCCACUACCACAGAAAGAAUAUCCCAGUGGACCGGAGAUCACAGAGGCCCUGGACCCGUCGGUGGAGGAGGAGCAGGUGCUGAAGGAAGCUUUAGAGGAGGAGCAGGCUGCCCAGGAAGAGAAGGACGACACAGACGACCAGGAGGAGGAUGACGACUGAGAGAACAGUUACACAUUUUACAUUUCUACAUUUGAACUUUUAACUAUUUAUAUGUAAGUAAAUGGCCAAAUAAAUCAGUUUAUUAAGCAUGGAUUGUUGUUGUUAACUGAAGUAAGACGGGGCCUGCUAGCAAGUAAACAUAGAUGUUCAUUAUGCAAACCUUCAAAUCGGCCCUAUCAUGCUUUUUGGGUUUUCCUUAUCCUGUAGUGUGUUAUAGAUUUGUGUGCGUGUAAUUGGUCUGCAAACGCUAACAUCCCUGUUUCCUCCAGAAGGAGGUUCUCCUGAAAACGCUUCCAUUAGACUCCUUUGUUUACUUUCAUAACAUAAUGACAUCACUAUCUCACACUCAUAUUUCUAAAUUGUACGUGAAAGGCUGAGGGGCGGGACAUCUCUAAAAGUCAUCACAACAGAGCCGGCCAGCGCACCAAUCAGAGCAGACUGGGCUCUG